UCUUUCUCAGUUCCAGCCCUCAAAGUCUUAACUUUCUCGCUUCUCUUCUGGCUCACCAGAAUUUUUUUAAGGACCGAAUUCUCAGUGUGGCCUCCAUUUACUCCUCUACACACAGUCGGGAUCUCUUGGUUGGCAUCAGAAGGUGUGAGAGCAAAUUUAGAGGGCAGAGUCUGGAGGAAUUUAGAAGAAAACUCUCAGUACUCUGGAACCUGAGCAGUGUGUCCGUAGUCAAGACAGACAGACGGACCCAGGGUCACAGCAACAAUGGCCUCAUCAGUCCUGGUGAUGAUCAAGGAGGAGGUGACCUGUCCUAUCUGCCUGGAGCUCCUGAAGGAACCUGUGAGUGCCGAUUGUGACCACAGCUUCUGCAGAGCCUGCAUCACACUGAACUAUGAGGCUAGCAAAGUCAAAGAAGGGGAGGGCAUCUGCCCUGUGUGCCGAGUUACUUACCUGUUUGGGAAUCUGAGACCUAAUCGACAUGUGGCCAAUGUAGUGGAGAGACUCAAUGAGUUCAAGUCCAGCCCAGAGGAGGAGCAGAAGGUCAACGUCUGUGCACGACAUGGAGAGAAACUCCAGCUCUUCUGUGAGAAUGACAUGAUGACCAUCUGCUGGCUUUGUGAGAGAUCUCAGGAUCACCGUGGUCACCAAACAGCUCUCAUUGAAGAGGUGACCUAUAAGUAUGAGGGGAAGCUCCAGGCAGCUCUGCAGACACAGAUGGCAAAUGAGAAAAGAUGUGAUGAAUGGGAAGAUUAUCUUCAAAAGGAGAAAACAUACUGGGAGACCCAAAUACAGAGUGAUGUAGAAAAUGUUCAGAUGAAGUUUAAAGGACUGCAGGAAUUCCUGGACUCCAAGGAGAAGAGUGAGCUGCAGAAGCUGAUGCAGGAGAAGGAAGGCAUCAUGAACAGCCUGGCAGAGUCUCAAACUGAGCUGGAGAAGCAGAGGGAGGCAGUGAGAGACCUCAUCUCAGAUGUGGAGCAUCAGUUGCAGUGCUCAACCAUUGAAAUGCUGCAGGCUGUGAAUUCUGUCCUAACAAGGAGUCAGACCUUAAGAGUGAAACUACCCAAAAUGAUCCCAAGAAAACAGAGAAGGAUCUUCCAAGCUCCAGAUGUAAAAGGCAUGCUGCAAGAGCUUCAAGGACAAAUGGAUGCCCAGCGCUACUGGGUUCAUGUGACCCUGCGUCAAGUGCGUAAUAAACAUGUUGCCAUUAACAUGGAAAAAAGACAAAUUCAACGUCAAUACAGAUAUACAAGUUCUUUGCAAGAUUAUAAAACCUCUGAUUUAGGUGUCCUUGGAAUUCCAGCUAUGCAGUCAGGGAAACAUUACUGGGAAGUAGACGUGUCUGGGUGUGAUGCCUGGAUCCUUGGAUUAAAUGAUGGAAGAUGUGCUCAAGCCCAACUUCAUUCAAUAAAUCAAAUGGGCAGCAUGUAUAAUUCUCACGAUAAACAACAUGAAAAUUAUCAACCUAAAUGUGGCUACUGGGUUAUAGGGAUGAGGAAUAGGUUCGUAUAUAAUGCCUUUGUAGAGUGUUCUGUCACCCGCAAUGCCAGUGUCUUGGUCCUCUCUCUGACUCGUCCUCCCAGUCGUGUUGGAGUUUUCCUGGACAGAGAAGCUUGUACUCUCUCUUUUUAUGAUGUUUCCAACCACGGAGCUCUCAUCUAUAAAUUCUAUGAACCUUUCUUCCCUGAUACAGUUCAUCCAUAUUUUAAUCCUAUGGAAUCAUUGAAGCCAAUGACAGUCUGUGGACCACCAUCCUAAACUGUCACUUAUCUGCACAGUGCCCCCUUGUCUGGUAUAUUUCAUAUGCCUUAGCUCUAUGGAAUCAUUAUAACUUUUUUUCUAUCUUUGGGUACAGGGAACCAUGGAGUUGCCUUGGCCCAGCUGCUUUGAGAAGCAUGUGUCAUAGGUUUCUCAGUUAGAGUCCAUGGCUCCUGGAGUUCAAUGUGACAACCAGUUCCUAAGAGACCAAUGCACUCCCUCAGGCAGUGAAGUGUUCAGGCAAUUUUAGGCUUCUCUUCAUGUUCCCUUAGUAGUCAAGGAAGCAUGAAAGCUUGACCGGACAAUUAGUCUUAGACAUUAAUUUUGUGUACCCUGUAUGAUAUUCAACCUUCAUUGUUUCCUGGCAACUGCCACUGUAUUGAUGCUGGAAAUUACCAUCAUAUUCUGUUUCUGAUAAAGGUAUAAAAAGUCUGAUUGUGCUCAAUAAAAUUGUCACAGCUUCAAUCUUGCUGUGGCCCCUCCAA